AUGAUCAAAAUUGGUCCGGCGGGUAGCACUUAUAAUGGAAAGCCUUGGGAUGAUGGGAGCCGGGACAAAAUUGCGCAGAUUUUCGUUUCGCACGGACAACACAUAAAUUCUCUCCAAUUCCUUUAUGUUGAAAAUGGAACCUCGGUUUUGUCAGAGAAACAUGGUGGUGAUAGUGGUCCCAAGUUUAAUGUGCUAAGUGUAACACUAGUGUAUAGGCUGCCUGAAGAGCCUUUGUUCCAAUUGCCUGGUCCUGAUUCUACAAAGCAGGUUAAGCUCAAUUAUCCAUCAGAGUAUCUUACAGAUGACAGCGUUUUCGAAUAUCAACUGGGGGAAGAACGUGCAUUCAGAGGAUUUCAUGGCCUUGCAGGAGAAAACCUUAAUGCUAUUGGGGUCUAUCUGAAGCCAAUAACAAUUCUAAGUGAUGUUGAGUUAUUUCCAGCAGAUAGUAUUUUCGAUGUCGAUUUCUACAAUGGCUAUAUUGGAUUGUCUCAUGUUGUGGCAUUGCACCAUGAAAGGCUACAUAAGCUGAAACUGGCAAGAUAA